AAUAAUAGAGUGGCUUAUGUAGGCGGUCAAACGGGUUUAAUGUUAGAUUUCGGUUAAGGCGUAAAAUAAGCCACGUUAAUUCCAAGUGGUGGGUGAGAGGAACAUUUCACGGGCUGUGAAUAACCGGUAAUAACCGGUAAUCGGAGGUGUGUUUUCGGAGGUGUGUUUUGGUUUCUCCGCCCACUCCGGAAAACUCCACGGAGUCGUCCUUAUUUUUUAUUUUUUAAGGUGACGUGGAGUCGGACCUCUCUUCUGCGCUGUCUCGUGUGUCAAUGAAAGUACUCGGUGUACCCGGGUACGAUUGCAAUGAAUGCAUAACACGUCGGUGCGUCGCAUUGAGGAUUCGAGGAUUCCAGAUGUUUAGCUGUGGCGUUCAGUCUUUACAUUGAGCUCCAGCAUCGGCGCACAUCGGAGCGGAGAGGGGACUGUCGGGGCCUGGAGUCCGAGGGAUACGGUGGACAGACGGGUUUUGCAGCAUCUCAACUGAAGGAGCAGCCAUACCGCAGAGGUUAUGCAGUGCGGAACAGGACACCUGCCAGGUGGCUGCCAGAGGACGAUGGGCCUGCACUGCGUCUUGAUCCUGUGCUUGUUCUCAGGCUGGGCAGUGGGCUACAAGCAGGGGGACAACGUGACUCUCUAUGUCAACAAAGUGGGCCCUUAUCAUAACCCCCAGGAGACAUAUCACUACUACACCCUGCCUGUUUGCAGGCCCGAGAAGGUGCACCACAAGUCCCUGAGUCUGGGAGAAGUGUUGGACGGUGACAGGAUGGCAGAGUCAAUAUAUUACAUCCGAUUCAAAGAGAACGUGGAGAAAAAGACCCUUUGCAAGCUCACACUUUCAGAGAAACAGGUGGACGAACUUCGUGAGGCCAUCGAGGAGCUGUUCUACUUUGAAUUUGUCCUGGAUGACAUUCCAAUCUGGGGGUUUGUGGGAUACAUAGAGGAGAGCGGCUUCCUGCCUCACAGCCACAAGGUGGGUUUGUGGACCCACCUCGACUUCAACAUCGAGUACAACGGCGACUCUGUGAUCUUCGCCAAUGUUUCAGUGAAAGACGUCAAACCUGUUCCCCUGGAGGAGGGGGCGGGUGCAGCGGUGGGUGGAGUCGGGGUGGGUGGAGGCAGCCUGACGGUCACCCACACCUACAGCGUGCGCUGGUUCGAGUCCACUCUGCCUCACGGCCGGAGAGCCGAGCGUCUCCGAGACUACUCGUUCUUCCCCAAAACGCUGGAGAUCCACUGGCUCUCCAUUAUUAACUCGCUGGUGCUGGUGGUGCUGCUGCUGGGCUUCGUCAUCAUCAUCCUCAUGCGGGUCCUGAAGAAUGACUUUGCCAGGUACAACGUGGAGGAAGAGGGCGGCUGUGAUGAUCUGGAUCAGGGAGAUAAUGGCUGGAAGAUCAUACACACGGAUGUCUUCAGGUUUCCCCCAUACAAAAGCCUGCUGUGUGCCGUGCUGGGAGUGGGUGCUCAGUUCCUUACCCUUGCCACAGGAAUCAUCUUAAUGGCAUUGCUGGGGAUGUUCAAUGUGCAUCGCCAUGGCUCCAUCAACUCCACAGCUAUCGUGCUGUACGCUCUGACCAGCUGUGUGUCCGGCUACGUGUCCUGUAGCUUCUACACGCAGAUCAACGGCCAGCGCUGGGUGUGGAACAUCAUCCUCACCUCGUCGCUCUUCUCCGCUCCUCUGUUCCUGACGUGGAGUGUUGUGAACUCGAUCCACUGGUGGAGCGGCUCUACUCAGGCUCUGCCGGCCACCACCGUGCUCCUCAUUCUGGGUGCCUGGGUGCUGGUGGGCUUCCCGCUCACCGUCAUCGGCGGCAUUGUGGGAAAGAACCGAGCCGGCAGCUUCCAGGCACCCUGUCGCACCCGCAACAUCGCCCGGCAGAUCCCGACACAGCCCUGGUACAAACACACGGCUGUGCACAUGGCCAUCGGCGGCUUCCUGCCAUUCAGUGCCAUCUCAGUGGAGCUGUACUACAUCUUCGCCACGGUUUGGGGCAGAGAGUACUACACCCUGUACGGCAUCCUGCUGUGCGUCUUCGCCAUCCUCCUCUCAGUGGGCGCCUGCAUCUCGGUCGCGCUCACCUACUUCCUGUUGUCGGGCGAGGACCACCGGUGGUGGUGGCGGAGCGUCCUGAGCACCGGCUCCACCGGCCUCUUCAUCUUUGUGUACUCCGUCUUCUACUACCGGAACCGGUCGUCUAUGAGCGGCCUGGUGCAGAGCACCGAGUUCUUCGGCUACUCUCUGCUCACGGCGAUGGUCUUCUCCCUGAUGCUGGGCAGCGUGUCGUUCUGGGCCUCGCUGGCGUUCAUUCGCUACAUCUACCGGAGCCUCAAGAUGGACUAGACACGCAGAGAUAAACAAACACUUCCUCAUAGCACACAUCCUCAUUAUCCUCUUUUGCUUUCAGUCAUACAUAACACACACAUCUCUAAUGAGGGAGGAGACACAUGGGCCUUUACCUUUAUUUGACAGGAUUGAACUAGAGCUGUCAUUGUAAUAAAGGAUCGUUGGUUGGACUUACCUUGUAUUUAAGGAUUAAAUGGGAUAUUUUGGUACAAAGGGAGUUCAUUAGAGAGUGGCUGGGUAAAAUGUAUGAGAUGUCAGUGAAUGGAUGUAAUCAUUGUAUGAUGGAGUGUGCCGUCCACUGCUCCAAGUCCUACUUCAUGGUACAUUGAGGCUUGGCAGGAUCUAGCCUUUAUUUCCCACAUUACACCAGUUACCCACCGAGACAGCUGACUCAUACAGUAGUUUGGAUUAUUGCUGCAGCAGUGAAAGUGUUAUUUACUUGUCAUUAUACUCCCCCCUGCUCACAAUAUUCAAACAGAAUAUAAAACAUGUUUUGCACUGGCCCUGUGAAGCUCCACAGGGCCCUGCAGUGAGUAAGAGGGAUGAUGCGUUGUAGAGUAAAGAGCAUUUUGAUGGUAGCAAUAUUGUUAUUGUACUCUUGUCACCAUUGACUGAGUUUCUGAUGUAAAUAGUCUUUUCAAUAAAAUACUUUUAAUACAAUAUUGCCAGCAAA